AUGGUGGCCCCUAGGAAUACCGCAUUCGCGGAGGAGAGUGCCGAGGUGGAGGUGUUGUACGCCAACCUCGAGAAACUCAACCGCCUCACCAAGAAGAUUCAGGGCUCCCUGGUGCGACUGGAAACCAGCGGCAAGGUCGUGAAGGAGGCUAUCGGUCCCAUUUACAGCAACACACAAUCAUUGCAGAUUACCAACAGCAAUAUCGACAAGGUCAACGAUGCCAUUGAACGUCUACGCCAGCCUCUCGAUGCGAAGAGCCGCGAGGAGGGCAUAAUCCGCGCAGGACCGCAGAGCUCUGGCCUAUCGCAGUACCUCUCGGCGAUGAAACGGGUUGAGAAAGCGCUGGUCGACCUCAACGCAACGAACCUCCGAUCGAACCAGAAAGCAAUGUCCGACUUCAACGCUCUCCUCAGUACAGGAAGCAACAUGUUGCAAGAUACUUUCAAGGCUGAAUUGAUGCAGCAUGUCACACCUAUCGAGCCGCUACACUAUCUGACUAAAGAACUCCCUUUCCCCUCCCUCCCCGAAGACACGAUUUCACAAUUGGCACCACUAUGCUCGGCAAUCGGGUCGGCAGCCAUUCAUGGGCCUCAGCGAGGAAAAGGAGAGAGUCCUGCAUUGAAGAUAUAUUCAGACGUACGCGGGCCGUACCUCAACUCUAGCCUCCAGAACCUGUCCAUCGCAUCGCUCAACACUGUCAAACGACGACCGACGGAUGGUCCCUACAAACAAGGCACGAAUGGAAUUGGUAUCUACUCAAAUGCCUUGGAAGGUUUCAUCAACGUGGAGCAUGGGAUCAUCGUGCAGAUCUUUACUGGGGAUCAACAAGGCCUCGUUCUCCAAGCCACCUUCCUCUCAGCCAUGGGGGAGUACUCAAAAACUCUGCGUGAGCUGAACCAAUAUAUCAAGGCAAACCUAAUGACGGAUUGCUUCUUGGCAUUUGAGAUUAUCGAGAUUGUGACGGCAAUGUCUUAUCGCAUUGAUUCCAAGACGGCCGAGCUUAAGAGUCUCCUGAUUGAGGCUUUACGACCAGUGCGUGAAACUGCCAAGUCUUCGCUUUCGGAGCUUCUGGAAGAAACCAAGCGCAAAGCUUCCAACACCCCGCUACCCCCGGAUGGUGCCUCCAUACCUCUUGUUGACGAGGUGAUGAGCUCCUUGACUACGCUGACCGGGUACUCGGGUCCCCUUGCAUCUAUUUUGACAUCACUGGGAGAUGGCAAUUGGCGAUCCAACUCAAACACCGCGGGCACGGCUCCUCUAGACGUUGGCCCCGACAGUGGAACCUUGUUCUCUCACUUUAUUCUGGAUAUGAUCGAGGCGCUUAUGACCUCAUUAGAGGCUCGCGGCAAAGUGUUCCACCGAUCCAAGGCUGCGCUCGGUGUGUUCCUCUCUAACGUGUUUUGUGUCGUUGAUCGAUCUAUCCGACAAAGCCCCGAGCUGGCGCGUUAUCUUGGUGCGCCAGAUAGCAUCGCUCGGAUUGAUAGCUUCCGCAAACGAGCGACCUCGACAUAUCUCGAUGCAUGGAAGGAUACAUCGCAAUGUCUGCUGGACGUGCAAUAUACUUCUCGAACCGGCGCACGGCCCAGCUCUGGCGGUGCAGUGGAUUCCAGUGCUAUUGUCAAGAAUCUGUCGUCUCGCGAUCGGGAUGCCAUCAAGGAAAAAUUCAAGUCGUUCAAUGCAAGCUUUGAUGAGAUGAUGUCCCGGCACAAGAAUCUUUAUAUGGAGCGCGAGGUGCGCUCCGUCCUGAGCCGAGAGCUUCAAACUGUUCUGGAGCCGCUCUAUGCUCGCUUUUAUGAUCGCUAUGUCGAGAUCGACAAGGGUCGCGGCAAGUACAUCAAGUACGACAAAGCCAGCCUUGCGGUACAGUUGGCGCAGCUGUCAUAG